GGGCCGGCAGCUUGAGGCAGCGAGUCUCCUCGGCGAAAAACAUCAAUAUUGGAGACAUUUAAACAGCCAUACUAUCCUUGAAGGGACAUAAGUAACCAUACAUUAACAUGCCUGCUGUGGCUUCUGUACCUAAGGAACUGUACCUCUGUACUUCACUGAAAGAUCUUAACAAGAAAACAGAAAUAAAAGCAGAGAAGACCAGUACAAAAAAUUAUGUGCAGAGUGCCCUUAAGAUCUUCAAGGCAGCGGAGGAAUGCAGGUUGGACAGAGAUGAAGAAAAGGCCUACGUCCUAUAUAUGAAAUAUGUGACUGUAUAUAAUCUUAUUAAAAAAAGACCCGAUUUCAAGCAACAACAGGAUUACUUUCAUUCUAUACUGGGACCUACAAACAUAAAAAAAGCUAUUGAAGAAGCUGAAAGACUCUCAGAGAGUCUGAAACUGAGAUAUGAGGAAGCUGAAGUUCGGAAGAGGCUUGAAGAAAAAGAGAGACAAGAAGAGCAGCAGAAAAAGCAAGAAGUAAAAGAUGAUGGAAAGGCUUUAGCCAAACACACUUCAGAAAAUGCAGUAGAUUCCAAAGGAAAAAACCAAAGGAUCAAUGGUGAGAAGAAGGGUUCAGUGGAAAGAAAAGAUCAAGUUGACAGAUUGAGUGUUCCUGUAUCUCAAGGAGCAAUCACUGCUGAGAAACUGUUUCCAAUGAUGAUGGACAAAAACAUCGAAUUGCUCAUAAUGGAUGCUCGAAGCUUGAAAGAUUAUCAGGAAUCCUGUAUUCCAAAUUCCAUCAGUGUUCCAGAAGAGGCUAUCAGUCCUGGAGUCACUGCUAAUUGGAUUGAAGCUAAACUCCCAGAUAGUUCUAAAGGUCCAUGGAAGAAGAGGGGACAUGUUGAUUAUGUUGUACUGCUUGACUGGUUUAGUUCUGCAAGAGACUUGCAGCUAGGAACAACUCUACAGAGCCUGAAAGAUGCACUUUUUAAGUGGGAAAGUAAAACUAUACUGCGGAGUGAGCCUUUAGUCUUAGAAGGAGGUUAUGAGACCUGGCUUCUUUGCUAUCCCCAACACACAACAAAUGCUAAAGUAACUCCACCCCCACGUGGCAAGAGUGAAGCUGUGUCUGUCUCUUUGGAUUUUACUUAUCCCUCUCUGGAAGAGCCAGCUCCUCCUCCACCACCUAUUGUCCACGUAAAGCCCACUCCAGUAGAAGUGACUGAGAAUGAUGAAAUGGGAAGUAAUCAAGAGGGGAGGAGAGGAUCACAUAACACACCAACACCAAGUGCACCAGUUGCUACCCCUCAAACUGAUGGUUCACAUGUAGUCCACCCAGUAUAUGCGGUGAUAAAUAUCCCACAGAUUGAUCGUACUAAAAAGCCUUCAGCAAAAUUUCUUGAUGAUGAUGAUAAUAGUCCAAAAUCUGAAGGUACAACUCUUGACAAACAUCCUAUUCAGAAUGGAAGAAUGAUUCCAGAUCGUUCCACAAAGCCACCGUUUGAAGCAAAGACCAUGCUGACAGAAGAAGAGAAAAGCCGCAUACACGCAGAAACAGCUUCCAUGUUGGAGAAGAGCAAACGGGAAAAAGAAUUGCGGGAAAGGCAACAAGAGAAACAAAGAGAUAAGCUCAAAUUGGAGAAGCAGGAACAGGAAGAAAAGGAGCACCGAGAAAAGCUACAGCAAGCAAAAGAAGAGAGAGAAAGGAGACAGGAGGAAGAUCAGGCAAUUAGGAAGGAAAAGGAAGAACAAGAGAGAGCGUGCAAAGAAGUAUUAGAAGCAAAAAGACAAAAUAAAACUGAACAUGAAAACACUGCUGCAAAAAAACCUGAGCUUGAUAAAGUAUCCGCGGAAGAAAGAGAAAAGGGGACUCGAACACCAGAAAUGCAGAGGCGUGCGUUAGGAGAUACAUCUGUGACAGGGGUGUCAGUCUCAAGCAAGUCCCAGCGGGAGCCGUUGAUGAGAGCACGAAGUGAGGAAAUGGGGAGGAUAGUACCAGGAUUGCCUGCAGGCUGGGCAAAGUUUCUGGAUCCAAUCACUGGAACCUUUCGUUAUUACCACUCGCCAACAAAUACUGUUCAGCUGUAUCCCCCGGAAAUGGCUCCUUCAUCCACCCUUCCAUCCACUCCACCAACUCAUAAAGCCAAGCCACAGGUGACUUCUGAACGGGACGGAGAACACUCCAAAUUGAAGCGAUCCUACUCUUCACCAGACAUAACCCAAGCCAUUCAGGAGGAAGAGAAGAAAAAAAUUCCUGUAACGCCUGCAAUCAGUCGUGAAAAUAAACCAGUAUGUUACACUAAAGCUGAAAUCUCAAGGCUCUCUGCACCACAGAUUCGUAAUCUUAACCCUGUGUUUGGGGGAUCGGGACCAGCUCUCACGGGGCUUCGUAAUUUAGGGAACACUUGCUAUAUGAACUCCAUAUUACAGUGUCUCUGCAAUGCACCACUUCUGGCUGAUUAUUUCAAUAGAAAUUUGUAUCAGGAUGACAUUAACAGGUUAAAUCUCUUGGGGCAUAAAGGCGAAGUGGCAGAAGAGUUUGGCAUCAUAAUGAAAGCAUUGUGGACAGGACAAUACCGAUAUAUCAGUCCAAAAGAUUUUAAAAUUACAAUUGGGAAGAUCAAUGACCAGUUUUCGGGAUACAGUCAGCAAGACUCCCAAGAAUUGCUCCUGUUCUUAAUGGACGGACUGCAUGAAGACCUAAAUAAAGCUGACAAUCGGAAGAGGUAUAAGGAAGAAAAUAAUGAUCAUCUUGAUGACUUCAAAGCAGCAGAACUAGCCUGGCACAAACACAAGCAGCUCAAUGAAUCUAUUAUUGUAGCACUUUUUCAAGGCCAGUUCAAAUCUACAGUGCAAUGUCUUACGUGUCACAAAAAGUCCCGAACGUUUGAGGCUUUCAUGUAUUUGUCAUUGCCACUUGCAUCCACUAGUAAAUGUACACUACAGGAAUGCCUUAGAUUAUUCUCCAAAGAGGAGAAACUUACAGAUAACAACAGAUUUUACUGUAGCCAUUGCAAAACACGAAGGGAUUCUUUGAAAAAAUUAGAGAUUUGGAAAUUGCCACCCGUUCUUCUGGUGCACUUGAAACGGUUCUCCUAUGAUGGAAGGUGGAAGCAAAAGCUACAAACAUCUGUAGAUUUCCCUUUGGAAAGUCUUGACCUGUCACAAUAUGUUAUUGGGCCAAAGAGUAAUUUGAAGAGAUACAACCUAUUUUCAGUAUCAAAUCAUUAUGGAGGGUUGGAUGGAGGGCACUACACCGCUUACUGCAGAAAUGCUACAAAACAGCGCUGGUAUAAGUUUGAUGAUCAUGAAGUAUCUGAGAUCUCAGGAUCCUCUGUGAAGUCCUCAGCUGCAUAUAUUCUCUUUUACACUUCUAUUGAACUGCGAGGAGCAGAUAUAGCCACAUAAAGUGUUUUGAGUGAAGAAAAUUGGUUCUCUUUAUAAAUGUACAACACAGGUAUUGAAAUGCAUAUUAAUAUGCAAAACAGUGACAAAUAUAUAGCCACUUAGUAAGGUUGCAGCAGCUUCUCUGCAACAGGGUCUUUCUGGUCAGUGCUAUUGCUUAAGUCAGAAGACUGAUUGAUAAUGCUUUUGGUAAUAGCAACUUCUAUGAACCCAUAACAACAACCAUACUUAAGUUAUAGCUUAUUUCAGAAUUAUAUUUUUAGUCUGCUCCAAAAUGAAAUUCUAGCUUAAUUAGCAAGUAAAUGUCCUAAAAAAUCCCACCGCGUAUCUUGCUUUGUUUUCUUUUCUAUCACUGUUAUGGCCUUUUCACAUUUCUAACCUUACGCUUGAUUCUACUGUGAAUACUCUAGAAUGAUGGAAACAGUUAGGAAUGUAAGUGUACAUAUUGAUUGCAUACUUGCACAUCAGAGCUAUGUAUAUAAUAAAAUGUGGUCCUUUUGUGAAAAUCUCUAGAACUCAGAGGAUUGCUUUUAUUUGCCAGUUCUAAAUAACGGCAAUACUUUUAAUUCUUAUAGGUAUAGAAAAAGCAGAGCUGUAUUUUUGUUAGCCUUUGUGAAUAUUUCUGCAUUUAAAAUUACUUCUAAAGAAAUGAGAUUUUCUUUAAUUUUUUAAUACGAGAUUUCAUGUACACAUGCAUUAAGAAUAUUAACAAAGAAAUUAUUUAAAAUACACUAUCCUGUUAAAUGUUUGUUUGGGGGAUUUGUUUUUUCUUGGACAUCUACAAAAUUUGAUUAUCAGCAGCAACAUUUUGUACUCUUCCACAGAGUCCAGGCGCUCCACCGGGAAGGACAACUAUCUGCUCAGAGUGAACUAGUUUAGGAGCUAUUUUUGGUUCAAUUCUACACAUUUCCAUUAUCUGGCAACAGUUCAUAGUUUCCACUCCUGAUUUGCAUUGGUCCUUGGAAGUCUCAGUCCUCUGUAGUGAGCUUUUAUCAAUAUAUGUCACUCUGGUUUAUUUAAGAGCAGGUUUGACUCUUGCCCAAAAGUUAGGGACUGGUAGCACUGGAACUCAUCCCAGAAGCUAACACAGCAGCACAGUACUAGGGAAUACCACUCUCUUAAAGUAACUUACCUGUUGAUGGGGUUGUACACACUUCCAAAGAGUAGGGGAUAAACUGGUGCUCUGGUCAACAUUGCCACCAUUUUUACUGAGAAAGGCAAUGACUUCAGGCUGUUUGAGAGCAAACAGUUGAGUGAACCAGAGAAACACAAUUUUACAGAUGCUAAACUACUAUCUACACUGUGUUUGGCAAGCUGAACUCUGCAUUCCACAGGUGCAUACGUGAGGUUAGUCAUGAAAAAAUGUUAAGGCAAUGUUAACGUUCAAUCAAGCACCCAAAACCCAGGCAAUGCAGAAUUAAGGUUGAAAACUGACUUAAUUGUGCCUUCGGCCUUGAUACAACUUCAUAACGUAUCCAUGUUAAACCUGCAUAAGAUAUCACAAAGGGUUCUUUUGCUGAAUCCAGCCUAGGAGACCUUCAGCCAGCAUUAGCAAGGAGUGAUUGCCCUAAGGAAAGGCAGUUAAUGUUUUUCAUGUUUACUCCAGCCAGGCUAAUUAAGCUUUAAUUGCUUGUUUCUCCUGUUUGAUGCUGUUCUGACUCUGACAGGGCACAAGCACACACAUGGCAUGAGCACGAUCUAUCCUGCCCUAAUGCUGAGAGUGCCUCCAAGUACUUAACUUGGCAACAUUUAAAGAAUAAAUCCUCCUUCUAAGCUCUUAGCAGAAUAAGCAAAGUCUUUGAGGCAAACAGGGACCAAGAGUAGAGAGAAGGGCUUUGUGUCAGAUGCUACCCGAGUCAUGCUUCUGCACCUCACUUGACACAAAGAGGAUGCCGGAUGCCACCCUGUCACAGGCACUACUGUGCUCUUUAAUUUUGUACAAUGCUGUGAUAUUACACUGAUGGUGGGCUGUGUGGACUCCAUAUGUCCUGCUGCAACUUAAAUUAUUCCAGCACCAUGAAAUACCCUUCAUUUCAUGCCUUCCCACCCGCUCCAGCCAAUCUUUCCACCUCACAAGGUACAAGCAUUAAUGGAAUAUGAAUUCAGUGAAAAUUACCUCUGCUUCUCUCUAUAUGAAAUAGUGAGAAUGCUAGGGGACCAUGGUGAUCUGUACCCAAAAAAGUAGCUAUGCUAUUGUGGGACUUCCAGGCAAAGUUGCAUUGUGUUUAAAGGCACAUUCUCAAUAACAGAUGCCUCUGUCAAACUCACAUACUUGCUCCCAUUGUACUAGUCUGCAAGUGUUGGUAUUUCACCUGACAUGACCACAGGGAGACUGAAAUCUUCUAUAUCAUGACAAUGUCUGCCAUAUUUAACUUCUGUGCUAUUAAACCUCUGAAUAAGCAUAUUAAUAAUCAUAAUA